AUGAGUAGUUCAUCAACAAAAAGAUUUAAACCAGUAGAUACAAGAACCAAAAAGAAGAUCUUUUAUUUGUCUUUGCUAACUAAAGAAAACCAGGAAACAAAUAAUAGUAUUCCUAAGAAAACUUAUAGAGAUAACCAAAGCUCUUCCAAAACAAGUGAACAAAGAGAAGAAAAUACUCAAUCUAACUUAGAAGAUUCUCUUCUGAAGAAUAAAAGAAAAAACAAAGAAAUUUUUUCUAUAGAAAAUAACAAAAAAAAUAAAACAAGUGAGAUAAAAGACAACCUAAAAAACAAACAAAAACAUAUAAACACUAUACAUGACUUGUCAAACACAACAAAUGCAAAUAAAUCUAAUAAAGAAUCAGAUAAUUAA